GUGGUCGCUCGUAUGUGACGCAACGCGGAACACAGUGACGUUUGUUGAUUUUUCGAUUUACACAGACCGGUGUUAUUUUUAACUGUAGUGUUUAUUUAUGAUUUCAACCAUGUUUGUCGGGCUAUGAAAGUGCCGUUUAUGCCACUGCGCCUUAAAGACAUCGAAGAGAGCGGCGCUUCAUCGUCAACCUUUCAGUGUGGGAUCAGCUGUGUUCGUGGCGAUGGCGAUCCUGUUUGCGGUGGUGGCUCGAGGAUCCACUGUUCUGGCUAAACACGCCUGCUUCUCUGGAAACUUCCUGGAGGUGACCGAACAGAUCCUGGCCAAAAUCCCCUCGGAAAACAACAGGCUGACGUACUCCCACGGCAGCUAUCUCUUCCACUACAUCUGCCACGAGAGGAUUGUGUAUCUGUGCAUCACCGAUGACGAGUUUGAGCGCUCGCGUGCGUUCGGGUUCCUGAACGAGGUGAAGAAGCGCUUCCAGACCACCUACGGCUCGCGAGCUCAGACCGCGCUGCCCUACGCCAUGAACAGCGAGUUCUCCAGCACGCUGGCGGCACAGAUGAAACAUCACUCGGAUCCCAAAGGCUCGGACAGAGUGACAGAAACACAGAUGCACGUUGACGACUUGAAAGGCAUCAUGGUCCGGAACAUCGAUCUCGUCGCUCAGAGAGGAGAGAGACUCGAGCUGCUCAUCGAUAAAACAGAGAACCUGGUGGAUUCUUCCGUCACCUUUAAAACCACGAGCCGUAAUCUGGCCCACGCCAUGUGUAUGAAGAACCUGAAGUUAACCAUCAUUGUUGUAAUAGUGGUGCUGGUGGUGCUGUAUAUUAUCGUGACGGCCGCGUGUGGAGGACUCAGCUGGCCGAACUGUCGGAAGCAGUAGAAAUCCCCUGAGAGAGCAUCUGACUAGAGACUCACAAACACAGCACAGCUCUGAACUCCUGCUGGGUUUCCUGUGCUGCUCCUAACAUACUUCAGCAUCAUCGCCUUCCCAUGUUGAUCCUGAGUCUUUGGGUUCUUUUCACAAUGUUGUAAUGCAGUUCAACUACAUGAAUAAUUUAAAGGAGUAGUUCACCAAGAAAUUAAAAUUGUCAGCGCUUUAUUUUUUUUGUUUUUUUCUGUAAAACAUGAAAUUCAUACUGCUCUGCUUUAGUUUUAGAAAGUGCCAUAAAAGUAUGAUAAAAGUUGUCCGUAUGACUUCUGAGGUUGUAUACUAGCUUUAUGUGAGGAACGAAACUGAAGUCAUUAUUGACAGAAGAUCUUCCCCUUCAUUAUUGUAGAGCUUAAUUCUCAUUUGCUGUUGCUUUUUGCAGACGCUGCACAUGCCAGUAUGUCACAUUACAUGCAGGACACAUCCAAAUUAAAAAAUUUUAACACACAUUUAUUAUUAUUAAUAAUAAAGUACAAAUAGAUUGUUAUUUGAGAUAUUUAAGUACUUGAAUAGUGAAUUUCAGUUGGGUUUGUUUCUUCCACAAAGCUAUUGUACGACGUGGCAUUGUGUGUGUGUGUGUUAUGGACUACUUUUAUGAUACACCAGUUUUAUGAUCUGUGUACCGUUUUAUUGCAUGGAAAAGCAGGGUAAAUCAUCCACCAACCACCUCUGUAAAGUAAAGCAGGACUAGAACAACAUGAGGCUGAGAAUAUGAGUGCAUGACUUUUCUAGUUUUGGGUGAACUACUCAAGCCAGCGGUUACUAAUCCUCUUCAUAACUUACAGCAGAAGAGCUUAAAGCGCAAUGAUGAAAUAUAAAUAGAGUUUUAAGAGUAAUGACCUGGCACUUGUGUUUGCUCUGUUUUAAUUAGGUUUGCUCACAACAGUCAUGAUAUGUAUGUAAUCAUUUACAUUUAUAGUUAGCUUACUAAAUGUAUUUUCUACAGAAUGAACUAAUGUCAGUCACCAAGAUUGUUUGUGAUUGAUUGAUUGAUUAUUGAGUAGCAUAUGAAGUAAUUUGUCUACUUUAAAGUAGUCGUGUGAUAUUGUUCACAGCACAGAACUAAUUGAGCUAAUUGAAUCUGCAUGUUUCUGGGUAAAUCUCGCAAAACCUGUCAAUGUUUCAGCCCAAAUUAAAGAGCAAUUUAUACUGUGCAUAAAGAAAAUGAAGCUGGAUCAUUAUGAGGCCUGUUAUUUUGCAUUGACAUAUUCAGCAUUAUCACAUGAAAAAGAAAGAAUGAAUCAUGUAUUAGUUUCUUAAUUCUCACAAGAAAUAGAACAGAUACACAGAAUAGUAAACAACCAUGUAUAGAAAACGAUAUAGAGCUACAUCCAAGUAUAGAGUGCGUUUUGGAGCGAGUAUGUACAGGCAGUGUGAAUACAUUUGAAUGCAUUUAAGAUUAAAGUGCAGUGAAUGUUUGUAAACACCAUAAAAAGUGGUUUUGUUUUCCCCCCAGCAUACUGAGACAUACAAAAGACACUUGGAAUGUACAUUUUGUAAUGAUGUGUACAGCUUAAAUAAACAAAAAUGCCUAUGUGUUGAAAAA